AACACCCAACCACACUUCCAGACAGAGAGAUAUACACAACGGAGAGAGAGAGAGAGGUGUUAUCAGAUAUACACAAUACACUCCAGAUUACCCAGAUUACAGAGAGAGGAAGAAAGGUACAAACGGAGGAGCUCCACCCUCUUUCCCUCACUUUCCUAGAUCAGUUCUUCUUACUUUCUUUCUUCCCAAACACUCUUGCUCUUCAGCUCCCUAUAUACAUCUGGAGAGAGAGAGGGAGAGAGAGAGGGGGUAAGGUUUGUUGUUGGGUGAGAUGAAGAAGCUGAAGAGCUAUUACAUGCACCUAAGACACCCAAAAACAAUGGAACGCAAAUGGAUCUUCCCACUAGCCAUUGGCUCCAUACUCUCUCUAUUCCUUCUGUUCCUCGCAACCCUAACUUCCCCUGACGGUACUCCUCUCCUGCCACUCUACCGCUACGCCACCUCCUCCUCCUCCUCCGUCUUCGUCGAAUCCAAGCUCCACCCAAAACCUAUCGCCACUCUCCCACCACCACCCCGCUUUGCCUACCUCAUUUCCGGCUCCAACGGCGAUGGAAACAUGCUCAAACGCACGCUUCAAGCCCUUUACCAUCCCAACAACCGCUAUGUCGUGCAUUUGGAUGCUGAAUCGUCGCCAGAAGAGCGUAUUGAUCUGCAAAAUUUUGUGAAAAAUCAUCAGGUGUUUGUGAAAUUCGGGAAUGUGAGGAUGAUUACCAGGGCGAAUCUUGUGACCUAUCGUGGGCCGACAAUGGUGGCCAAUACUCUCCACGCCGCCGCGAUCCUGUUGAAGGAAGGUGGGGAUUGGGAUUGGUUCAUCAAUCUCAGUGCCUCGGAUUAUCCACUUGUUACUCAAGAUGAUCUUCUUCACACGUUCUCAUACUUGCCGCGGGUUCUUAAUUUCAUUGAUCAUACUAGUAACAUUGGGUGGAAAGAGUUUCAAAGGGCAAAGCCAAUCAUUAUUGAUCCAGGGUUGUAUAUGACAAAGAAAUCUGAUGUUUUCUGGAUUACUCAGCGAAGAAGUGUGCCAACAGCCUUCAAACUUUUUACCGGAUCUGCUUGGAUGGCACUUUCUCGGUCUUUUAUCGACUUCUGUAUAUGGGGAUGGGACAACUUACCUCGAACGGUCCUUAUGUACUAUGCAAAUUUCAUCUCCUCCCCAGAAGGCUAUUUCCACACGGUCAUCUGUAAUGCUCAGGAGUUCCGCAAUACAACUGUAAACAGCGAUCUCCACUUCAUAUCAUGGGACAACCCUCCCAAGCAGCAUCCCCACUACCUUACCCCUGAUGACAUGCAAAAGAUGGUGGACAGCAAUGCCCCAUUUGCAAGGAAAUUUCACCAAGAUGAUCCGGUUCUUGACAAAAUUGAUUCUGAACUUCUUUUUCGAGGUCAAGGCAUGCUUGUUCCUGGUGGAUGGUGCAUAGGAAGCCAGGAAAAUGGGACUGACCCAUGCUCGGUUGUUGGUAAUAUUACCGUACUCAGGCCUACUGGAGGAGCCAAGAGGCUGGAAAGUCUGAUCAGUUCUCUCUUAUCAAAUGAUAAUUUCCGACCCAGACAGUGCAAAUAGCCAAAACCUGUUUCAUCAACAAAUUUUCUUUUUUAACAAUAGGUCAUUUACAGCAAGAAAGGGACGAUCUGAUCAAAGAAUGACAAUUCUUCUGGUAGGUAAAAGAAUGCUUGAGCUUACGCGCUCUUGCUGGCUUAAAGACACCCAGCAAUGAGUUGGAUUAAGUGGAAAGAAAUGAAUAUUUGCUGCUGCAGCCUGUGAGAAUAAUGUAUACAUGUUUCUGGUCUGGGUUUUGUGCCUGUAGCCAUUUUUGUUUACCCCUUUUAGCUGUAAUAAUGACCAGGACUUCCCAGUUUUGCACCAAAGCUUGCCAUGGACUAGGUGUUGUUGUGACCACUUUGGCAAGGUGAAUAUUGGGAGAAGGGGAGGAAAGAAAUUAGUUACAUGACAUUGUAUAUCAUAUUAUCAGCAACCAGUUCUUUUUAAUGUGGUAUGGUGGUUGGAGUAAGUGCACAAGAAGUAUAUUUGGUUUUUUUAUAUGAUGAAGUUAUGGUACUACAGAGGUAUUUGGUCGAAAAUUGACCUGGAUUGUUGAUUUUAAUU